CUCUGCGGUCUGCUACGAACCUUGUUGCUUUUAACGCCGAAAUGGCGAUCGCACGACCUAUCCGGAUGCUGAGUGCAGCAUCGAUCAUCCUCUGUCUUUUUCUUUUCUUUCAAAUCCGCAAGGAAUCUCCAUCCUUAAGUACGAAGCCCGGAAAACUGACAAAUGGCAUGAAGUCGGAUCCGCUUCUAGAACCUACUGGAGAACCUUCAGGUCGCUUAUGGCGAGUUGAAGGUAACAAUUAUGCGCCCGAUAAUACUAACUCGGCCCGUACCAACGCUGCCCUAAUCUCCCUCGUACGUAACGAAGAGCUGGAUGAGUUGAUUCCAUCGAUGCGGGAUUUGGAAAGGACCUGGAAUAGCAAGUUCAAUUAUCCAUGGAUUUUCUUCAACGAUAAGCCUUUCACAGAGGAAUUCAAGAAGCGGACACAAGCAGAAACCAAGGCAAAAUGCCAAUACGAGCUGGUACCUAAGGAGCAUUGGGAUGUCCCCGAGUGGAUCGACAUGAAGCUCUUCGAGGAGUCGGCCAACAUCCUCGAGGAGAAGAAGAUCCAAUACAGCCACAAAUUAUCAUACCAUCAGAUGUGCCGCUGGAACAGCGGCAUGUUCUAUCGACACCCUGCACUCGAGAAAUACCGCUAUUAUUGGCGUGUCGAACCCAAGGUUCAGUUCUUCUGCGACGUCGACUACGACGUGUUCCGGUACAUGGAAGACCGCAACCUGACCUAUGGUUUCACGAUUAAUCUCUUUGACGCUCCCGCGAGCAUUCCGACUCUCUGGCCCACCACCCAAGAAUUCCUCGCUGCACAUCCCGAGUACUUGUCUGAAAAUAACAUGCUGGAGUGGCUGACAGACAGCACGCGGAGACCGGACCACACGAAGGAGGCAAACGGAUACUCCACCUGUCACUUCUGGUCGAAUUUUGAGAUUGGCGACAUGGAGUUUUUCAGGGGCAAGAAAUACGAAGACUACUUUAACCACUUGGACCGGAAGGGCGGUUUCUUCUAUGAAAGAUGGGGCGAUGCACCCGUUCAUUCGAUUGCGCUGGGCUUAUUUGAGGACUCGGCUAAAGUUCACUGGUUCCGAGACAUUGGGUACCGCCAUAUUCCGUACUUCAACUGCCCUAACUCUCCCAAGUGUAAGGGAUGCACUCCUGGCAAGUUCUUCGAAGGCGCGGAUUUCUUGGCCAAGGAAGAUUGCAGGCCAAACUAUUUCAAAUACGUCGGCACCCAUUGAACGCGCUCAAGGGAACGAGA